CCUGGGGGUACACGGCCCCAACAGCACACGUUCAUGCACACCACUGUCAGCCGUGGUGUAUCGAUGAGGGCCUCUCCAAUAGCAAAUGGUGUUUAAGCAAUUAACUUGACACUAAUCAUGAUAGGCAUAAUUAUGCAUCAAUGCAUUAUUCAUUGUGAUUGUUUACCUCGUAUAGCCUUAUGGAGUCUUAAGGCUGUUUCAGGAGGGUCCUGAUAAUUUUAUGUAAUUUCAGGUGAUGACUGAUGUUUCUCAAUUGUGUGAUUUGCACGUAUGUUUUCUCACUUGGGAAAUUUGGACCACAUCUCCAGCAUACAACGGCCUACCCUGCUUUGAACAACAUCACAAGAUCUUUAAUGUCCACAAACGAAAAUAAAACGAAACCUAAAACAUUCAGAGAGGCAUGCUUGAAAUUGCACCCAGAUACAGGAAGAGGAACACAAAUGCCAGUACAGUAGGACAUCAUAUUGACUUAAUAAUAGUGGGUUUAGGCAGAAAACGUCACCUAAAAAAGGCCACUGAUUAAGCCUGACGACGAAGUCGUGGCAGGUGAAGGAGGGAACGCACCUGAGAGGAUAACCACUGGGGAUUUAGCGGCGGGUUCAGCUCACGUGCAGGAUUUGUUGCAUUGCAUAAACCAAUCCACCUUUGCUCACAUAGUAGUGGUCAUCUUGGCAAAACUGAUAAUGCUAUAAUACCUUCCUCUUUAAUUUUGCCAGACCUCCACAGUUCAAUAUAAAUGCAAGAUACGGGUCAAGAUUAGUCAGCACAGAGGGUCACUCGCUGCCAGGGCUCAGAAUUCAGCGCAUGACGAUAGAGAAAUAAGUGACUGAGCUCAGUGUCCCAGUGAGGUACGGAGGGGGUCUCACCAUAAACUCGGCCACCGCCUUGAUGAAGAACACUCGAUCAUGCUCCGUGUCAAUGUCUGCAGGAAUGUCCGACUGUGGCUCGUACCUACGGCCAUGCAGUGUGACAAAACAGGUGAAACCGACACCAGCAGCAGCACUGCUGGCAAUUUGAGGUGGCGAGUGGAGAAGCACUGAAGCUGGUGAUGCCCCCUGCAGGUGUCACGGGCAACCACGAGGCAUCGGCUUCCAGCCAGCAAAACAAGGCGCCAUGACCCCUGAGGAGCAGACGUACCUGCUGGUGCUGCUGGUGUCGCUGCCGGCCGGGUUCGUGCUCAAACAUGCGCCGAGUCCGCUCGGCAAGCGCCUCGGCGCCGCCGCGCUGGGGGUGGCCGUCACUCUGGUGCUGUGCGGCGCUCACAUCUUGCACUCCCUGCUCACCACGGCACUCACCUGCCUCAUCGUGCGCAUGACACCCAGGUACUGUCACACCAUUACCCUGGCCUGGACCUUCACUUAUCUCAUGUUUUUCCGGACAUGCCACCACUUCGGCUUCCCGGGACCUCCACCGUACGCUAAUGCAAUACAGUUACUGCUCACCCUCAAGAUGGUAAGUCUGGCCAAUGAAAUCAAUGAGUUCCAUUUUGGUACGAAGAAAGGGGACUCUAAAGAAGGCAAAAUUUCGACCAGAGACCUUGAGUCCGAGCCCAGCCUUGUGGAGACCUUCUGCUAUGCCUACUGCUACAUCGGCUUCAUGACGGGUCCCUUCUACCGGUUUCGCACGUACCACGACUGGGUGCAGGAGCAGCAAGGAGCGCAUGUGCCCAGCUGGAAGCCCAUGCUGCUGCGGCUGAAGCACGUGCCCAUGCUCGGGGCGUUCUUCCUGCUUGCCUCGGCCUUCUUCAACCUGGACGAGGCACGGCAGGACGACUUCUACGAGCGCGGCCUCCCUUACCGCCUAUUCUUCAUGGUGCCGAUGUUUUUUAUUUUCCGCAUGCGGUUCUACGUGGCCUGGAUCCUGGCGGAGUGCACCUGCAUGGCCGCGGGGCUCGGGGCCUACCCGCGCGAGGCCAAGGCACGCUCGGGAGGGGGCCCCACAAUGCAGUGGGCUCUCAAGUCCAGUGAUGAGCAGGAGAGCCGCACCGUGGAAUACGACUACGAGAGCAUCAAGAACAUCGAUUACUACAGCACGGACUUCUGCGUGCGCGUGAAGGACGGAAUGCGCUACUGGAACAUGACGGUGCAGUGGUGGCUGGCUCAGUACAUCUACAAGAAGGCCCCGUUCAAAUCGUACAUCCUACGGAGCGCGGUUACGAUGCUGAUCAGCGCGUUCUGGCACGGGAUCCACCCCGGCUACUACCUGAGCUUCCUCACCAUCCCGCUGUGCCUGGCGGCCGAGACGGCCAUGGAGCGCGCGGUGCGGGACCGCCUGGCCCCCGCGCGCACGCCACUCUUCGACUGGGUUCACUGGUUCCUGAAGAUGCGCGCGUUCGAUUACAUGUGCAUGGGCUUCAUCCUGCUGAGCUACGAGGAGACCGUUCGCUACUGGCGCUCCGUCUACUUCGUGAUGCACGUGCUGGCGCUCGGGUUCGCGCUGCUCGGCCACGCGCUCUGCCUGCUCCCGCGGACAGUGCGACGCGUGGCGGUGGCCACCACAGAGUGACCGUUACACAGUGGUCAUAACACGGUGACCAUGACAUAGUGACCACGACAUAGUGACCACGACACAGUGACCACCACAUAGUGACCACCACAUAGUGACCACGACAUAGUGACCACGACACAGUGACCACCACAUAGUGACC